AUGGGAGCGGAUGCGAAGCACGUCCAUGCGGUAGAGCAUCGUGUGGGCGAUGUAGAGCGUGGCGAUAGACCAGAGUGCUGUGAUGGUGUAGAGGAAGGGCGCACGGAUGCGGUAGAGGUACUCGGGGAUGGUGUCGUGCGCCAGCCUGUGGAGAGGGUUCAUCUGCUUGACGGCGACUUGCAGUGCCGUGCAGAGAUCCUGGCAGGUCCGCUUGGCUGGGUGGCCGCUGGUGGAUCCGGCGAGGCUGUGGACGUCCCUGUGCACGAAGCCGUACCGGAAGAGUGUGGGCGUGGUGGAGUCGCAGUCCGCGAUGGAGGGGCAUGA